AUGUCUCUCUCACCACCCCCAUCGUACGACGCUCACUCAAACCCCUACGUCUCUACGACCUCCCUGAAGCCUUACCUCGAACUUCCCCAUCUACUCUCCCUUACGUGGCUCGCGUAUCCAAUUCUUUCCCUCCUCUUCAUCGCCUUCCGUUUGCAGCUAUCUUUGACGUCCGCUCAGGACGAUGUCGCCAAUGCGAAGGCUGAUCUACUUGCUAGCUGUCAGGCCGCCCAGGAGGCUGCCACUGCUGCUGCAAGCAUGCCACGGUACAUGGCCAUCGCUACCAAUGACCAGUCUGUUACUGCAGUCAAUGAUUCCAUGAACACUGCUCGGGCUACUCUUGUUCUGGCGCUGACCGUGAUGGAGGCUAUAAUCAAUUUCAUCGUGGAUAUCUAUUGUUCGACACUGCUAUGUUUCGUGGAAUUGAUAGUCCGUGGCGCACUUUCGCUCGUGAUAGGCGCUGUAUCAGCAGACUCGCUAAACCAGCUCAAUAGCUCUUUGCCUACGUUCUCGCAGUUGAAAGAUGAUAUAAACGCAAUUCUUGAUACUCCAUUCGAACUACUGAAGAAGGAUAUCAACGACACUUUUGCAGGCCUCUUGUUCAACUCCUCGUUGCUUACUGUUCCAGAGCAGAACGAUGUAUCAUUUUGCGAUCAGCUCGAUACUUCGGUCGUCGAUGAUUUGGGACAGGAUCUGAUUAAGAUUACCAAAAUCCGCGUAAUAAUCAUCGUUAUUCUCGCCCUUCUCCUUGUAGGUCUCAACUGCUUGCUUGAGUGGUACAAGUGGCGCUGCCAGCAAGCGCAUUUGCAGUACACUCGAGAAGCCUGGUCAACGGAUCCCUCAGUCACCCAAAGCAAAGGCUUUGCAGUCAGGAAUCAGCCAGGACGAGCGGGUCCGGGGCAGGAUGAUCGCGAUCGGACGCGUCCUGAUCUCCGAAUAUCUAUCGAUUGGGCUUCUAGUACGUGCACCUUAGCUCAGGACCCCGACGGAGCCAAAGAGGGAGAACCGCACUCGCGCUGGUCCACUUCUCCCAAAGUAAUCAAAAUUGCUCCUGGGAUGGGUAUGCUCUCUCCUACUCGUCGUAGCCAUGAUCAUGGUGCUCCGCCGAAUCGAACCAUGCGCCAGGACUCCCGCAGCAUCCCCGCUGAUGUGAACUUGGUGUACGAAAGCUCUGCCGUCCAUGUUGACCACUCCCCGCUUGCGCCGCCCCUGCAUCACGGUAUCCCAAGGUCGAAUAUCCAGGCUCCUUCAACCCUAGCUCCCCCUCAAAAUCGCCAUCGACGUUCAUCAUCUGUCCCUCCCUGGAAAAUGCCACCUCCAGUAGCUUCAUCGGUCACUCCAGUAACUCGAUUUUUGACUUCCAACUCUGCUCAACGGCCCUCCAACGUUCCGUUUGCGACCCCUUUUGACGACGAACAUCAAGUAAUUGUAGAACGAGCGCCCCCUCGCCAGAGCUACCAAACGAAUCCCUUCACCGUGGUCGCUACGUAA